AUGUGCCUUCUUGAGGAGUGGGACCUUGCGGGGCACUGCAGGAUUUCAGUCCAAGGGAAGAGCUUCUCCUGUAGUGAAUGCGGGAAGGGUUUCUGUUCUAAAUACUAUCUUAAUGUGCAUAAAAGAUCUCACACAGGGGAGAAGCCGUAUUCCUGUCCUGAGUGCGGGAAAUGUUUUUCACAGAAUUCCAGUCUUUACACACAUAAGAAAUCUCACACGGGUGUGAAGCCGUAUUCCUGUUCUGAGUGCAGGAAAUGUUUUUCACAGAAGUCUAGUCUUGACAUACAUCAUAGAUCUCAUACAGGAGAGAAGCCAUAUUCAUGUCCCGAGUGUGGGAAAUGUUUUUCAGACAAGUCCAGUCUUUACAAACAUCAGAGAUGUCACACGGGGGAGAAGCCUUAUUCCUGUCCUGAGUGCGGGAAAUGUUUUUCAGUGAAGUCCAGUCUUUCCAGACAUCAGAGAUCUCACACAGGGGAGAAGACAUAUUCUUGUUCUGAGUGUGGGAAAUGCUUUUUACAGAAGUCUAAUCUUUACAAACAUCAGAGAUCUCACACAGGGGAAAAGCCAUAUUCCUGUCCUGAGUGUGGGAAAUGUUUUUUAGAGAAGUCUUGUCUUGACAUACAUCAGAGAUCUCAUACUGGAGAGAAGCCAUAUUCAUGUCCUGAGUGUGGGAAAUGUUUUUCAGACAAGUCCAGUCUUUACAAACAUCAGAGAUGUCACACGGGGGAGAAGCCUUAUUCCUGUCCUGAGUGCGGGAAAUGUUUUUCAGUGAAUUCCAGUCUUUCCAGACAUCAGAAAUCUCACACAGGGGAGAAGCCGUAUUCCUGUCCUGAGUGCAGGAAAUGUUUUUCACAGAAGUCCAAUCUUUACACACAUCAAAGAUCUCACAUGGGGGAGAAGCCAGUUUCCUGUCCUGAGUGA